CCGGUUGGGGCAGGCGUGGCCACUGGGGCUAAGGGCGGUGGCUGGCGGAGGUCGCGGUAUCAGGCCCGCGGCGGGGGCGGCAGGGAGGCGGCGCUCUCCAUCCUCAGGCGGAGUGGUCUGUGAGCGGCCCCCCUGCGCCUGGGCAGGCGCUUCUUGAGUGCCGGCGCCCAUUUUGCCCGCCCGCUGAGGAGCGCGGUGCGCGGCCUACACGCUUUGGGGACAGCCUUUUGAGGCGACAUCUCCGCGAACGCCGGCCUCUUGAGCCAGAGGGACGCUCUUUUGAAAGUCGGUCCUAAAACAGUUAAGGUUUUGUUUUAUUUUGUUUUAUUUCCAAGUCACAGCCCAUGAAUCUCGUACAACUCUCCCUGGACCACUUCCGGUUGCCAGCCAGCGCCUUGCAACUUCAGUUUUAGUGACCUCGGUUGGGGUUACCCCUCGGCUUUUCCCGGGCUCACGUCACGAUCUUGGUUCGAGUGGCCCGGGGUGGGAGACCUGGAAGUUUUAGCCUAGCUGUUCUCGUGGCGGAGAAAUUAGCACAAGAAACGUUAUAUUCAUCUCUACAUCUCCAUGAUCCCUAAAGUCUCUUGCAGCUCAGAAACUCCAUGAAGCUACCCUAAAUAUUUUUUCAAACAUGGAAAUCAUCUUCUAGAAAUGCCCAGCUGCUAUAGGCUUAGGUGGAGAAAAGCAGGGCUAGAAUUGGAACCCAAAGCCCAGAAUGGCAGGAGAGGAUGUGGGGGCUCCACCCGAUCACCUCUGGGUUCACCAAGAGGGUAUCUACCGCGACGAAUACCAGCGCACAUGGGUGGCCGUUGUGGAAGAGGAGACAAGUUUCCUAAGGGCACGAGUCCAGCAAAUUCAGGUUCCCUUAGUUUUCUGGAUAUGCCGCAAAAGGAUCCGUGCCAGAAACAAGCCUGUGAAAUACAGAAAUGUUUACAAGCCAACAACUACAUCGAAUCAAAGUGUCAGGCUGUUAUCGAAGAACUGCAUAAGUGUUGUGCUCGAUAUCCCAAGGGAAGAUCUCUCGUCUGUUCAGGAUUUGAAAAAGAAGAAAACCAGACACUGAAGUCUCCAGCAAAGUAAAGUUCUGCUGAAGAAUUAAUUAAAUGCUGCUCCAUGUUUCUACCAAGCACAUUUUAUUUAUCCUCCUUUUUUUAGGCCAGGUAGCAGCAAAUAGCAAAAGAAAAAUCAACUGUAAGAGCUAGUGGAAUAUGCCAUCUAUGCAGAACAGACGAUUUUAAGACAUGUGUAGAAUGUCAUAAAAUUGAGCUGCUAAAAUAAACCUGUUUAAGUGAAAAAUUUUGGCUUGGUACUAAGUGUAUUUUAAGGAUCUUCAAUACAGGUUACUAAUGAAUUCUCUUUAGCACUUGAAUUCAUACCACCAGUCAUAGGAGACAUGAGGUGAAGACUCAUGCCUCCAGGGUAAUAAGCAUAGAUUACAUGCUGAAUUAACUCAAAACUUCCUUUAACCUAACUCCAUACCUGUUGUACUUCCAAUAAUACAAAAUGUCCUUCUAGGUGCCAGUAGGAAUAUUUCUUUCUGCUUUUACAUCCCCACCACAGUGCCUAGUCAGAAGAAGGUGCUUAAUAUUUUUUCACUCAGUGGUAUGAAGGGCAUAGAAAUGAUUUUCGUAAUAUUUAGUGAUCCCUAAUUUAUUGUGAAUGAAGAAAAAAAUUCCAUUGGAAGUCAGGCAAGCAGGAACAAAAUAAAAAGUCUUAGGUCAUAUACCUAUUUUUUAUAUCCUUAUAGUCAAAACCUGCUCUAAUAAAUCCAGAUAUUAAUAAAAAUCUACUGAAUGAAGCCUGUUGGCAAUUGACAGCUACCUUAUGGCCAUCCACUUGGCUCAAAUAGAUACUAGAACUGUCAUUGCCCCUCCUUCCAAAAAGAAAAAUGACUUUAUGAGCAAAUCCUGAUAGGUCCUUGAUGAUUAAAUGCCAUUAUUAUUUUAGGCCGUUUCUUUUUUUUAACCUUUAUUAUUUUAUUUAUUUUUGUGGUGCUGAGGAUUGAACCCAGUGACUCACAUGUCCUAGGCAACCCCUUUACCACUGAACUACAACCUCAGCCCCUAGGCAAACUGUUUCUUUAAAGCAGCAUUUCUGAAAGUAUUUCUAGGAACAGUAAUGAAAAAAAAAAAUCUUUGGAUAUUUGGGGAAUACUAGGUUAAACACAGGUAAACAGGUUUCUUUCCUGUUGGACUUUAUAGAGUUUUUCCUAUGUUAAUGUGAAUUAUGAUUCUUUGGAAAGGACUAUUGUAUUGCCAUUGUGAAUCCAGUUUGCAGACAAAAGAAAUGUUGCUUUAGAGAUGUCUGGUCCACACACCAGGGAAGCAAUGCUAAAUUUCCAUGAAAUAAUUUAAAUAAACUCUCAUGUUAAUAGUACAACAAUUUAAUAAAGCAUUUUACAACUAUAAUGCUUACAUCAUCGAUGGAUCUAAAUUACAUUUAAAAUUAUCAAUAGAUUGUGGUGCCAAGAUUUACAUUACCAUUACAAAUCAAAUAGAUGGCUUUUCUGUGUUUUAGUUGUGGCCUUCUUAACAAUGUCCCCCUGCUGCCAGGUAUUUAGAGUUUUGAAAGAUUCAAAACAGUUUUCCUUCCUUUAAACAGAUCUAUUGGAAGCCAUUGGUUUAAUCAAUCUCAUUCUCUUUAGCCAUUAUUAUGAUGUAGAUAAAAAUACAAUAGCCAUUAGAGAAGGUUUAACAUUCAAAUGCUUUUUAUGUGAUAGGAGUUGAUAUUAAUGAAACUGUCUUCAGGGAAGUUGGAAACUAUGAUCUCCUCUAUCUUAGAGAUUUAAAAAAAGCACCACAGUACAAUUCCCUUCCUUGCAUCUACUCAAAUUUUGUGAACUAUAAUAUCGUACUUUUGUUCAGUAUGUAGCAGUUAUCUCAAGUUGUAGGGCACUUAAUUUAUAAUGAUAUUGAAGUCCUAUUAAGUAGUCACAUUAAUAGCAGAACUAUAAUUUUAUUAGUACCAGCUACCAACUCUUUUACUUCAGUGGAUCUCAGUCCUGGCUGCUCAUUAGAAACAUCUGCAACAUUUUGAAACCUCAGGCUGCCACAACAGCACCCUAGACCACUUAAGUCAGAAUCUCUAGGAUGAAAGCCAGGCAUCAGUAGAUUUUACAGUUCUACAGAGGAUACACCCAUGUGCAAAAAAGGUUGAGAAGCACUGUUCUCAAUAAUCAUGUCAUUUCUUAACAUUUUAAAAUUGUAAAAAGUUUUGGCAAGUCAAAAAUGUGAAAAAAGUGCAACACUGUUUUCUUUAGAAAAAUAGUUUGUAAAUUCAUGAUCCCUUCAGAAUAAAGGCAUCACAGAUAUAAGCCACACUGUAAGAUUUCUGGGAAAUCAGGUCAAGAACUAAAUUAGGUUUCCAUCCUGUUUUCCAAGAGUUCACACUAAUACUAUGUAAAUGACUAUUGGGCAGAGAACCCUUUUUAGUUCUGGACCUAAUUUCCAAGAAAUCAUACUGGACAUGCAUGACAGGGGAUCAGAAAGGGGAACAGUCUAAUUUUCCUACAGGAUUGCGUGUAGGAGUUUCCCUCAUGGAAGAAACAGAUCAUCCAAAACACUGAUACUCAAAAAUUCUAAAUCCAUCUCUAUACUAUUUUUUUCAAGCAGAGACUCAUGGUAUUUUCCCAAACUGUAAAAAAAGUGCAAGUUGCAAAUAAAAAUUCAACCAUUUUUUAUGCCUAUCUUUCUGGCAAACAUUGAUCAAAAGAAUGAACAAAAAGCACAUUAAUAGUUAACCACACAGGAACUCUGCCUUUCAAAACCACAAGCACCAGCCCUAAGGGAGUGUUAGCUAGAAUUAUGUUAAACUCUUCCAUCUUGAAUAUGUCUGGUCUUCUUCCAGAAUCCACAAGAUAGUAACUGUUCAGAUCCAGAAGCUGAGUGGUGGGAGGUCCAAGCAAACAAUGGCCAUUUGGAUGAAGGAUAGUCUUGUUACCAUAUUAUCAGAAUGCCAGUAACACUUAUGACAGUGGGGUUGCUCAAGCAGGUUUCCUUUGAGCUCAAGGUCAGCAAAGAGAAUCAGAGCUUGGGGAGACUAGAAGCUUAAGAGUCAAACCUUUUGAGCCCAAGCAGGCAGCUGCCAGAAACUGCCCCUGACCACUAACCUCACUCCUUUGACUCUGGGGACAACCUCAGCAAAGAGACAAAUGUUACAGCUCUGAUCUAACAGGUCCCAAGUUUUCAUCCUACCCUGUCCCAUCCUGGGAGGGGCACUGGGUUGGAGGGCUGCCAGAGUAGUGAAAAUGCAGUGCAGAGCUGUAGUGACCUGGGAGAGGGCAGAACGUGCUGGAGGUGCUGAAGGGCACAAAUGGGGAAAGGGCUCUCUCAAGCCCCAGGACAAGGAGUUUUCACUACAUGGGUCCACAAACUUGAAGAUUCAAGGAUAAUGUUCCAACAUACCCACCAGCAGGAGGUGCCAAAACCCCAAACACAUCCAAAACAAGUUUAUCUGGCCAUACAUGUAGACAAUGCUCACCAUAAAUACCAAAAAAGAAAGAGACCCUGGCAUCAGAAAAAAGAUGUAGGGAAUAAGGGAAGAACAUAUAUAUUAUUGGAACUGUUACCAAUAAAUACACUCCAAGCAAAAAUAAAGGAGGACCUAUAAAUUAAAAGAGACUUAUACCAUCCAAAUGCAAUAUGGACCUUAAAUUUUGAACUAAAUGUGAAACACUUUUGAGAUGAGGAAAUAUUGAACCAGAUAUUUGACAUUAGAGAAUUAUUGAUUUUCGACUUGAUAAUAAGGUAUUGUACUUAUGAUUUUAAAAAGUACUUAGCUUUUAAGAAUAUAUACUGAAAUACAAUAAAAUGAUUAUUUGGUGUUUGUUUUACAAUAAUUGGUUAGUUAAAAUUUCAUGGUGGUUUUACAUGGGUGAUAGAUACAUGGUGAAGUCAGUGUAUUCUCUAAUUUUAUGUGUUUGAAAAUUUCCAUAAUAAAAAGUGAAAAUAAUUUUUAAGUUCAUGGAAAAAAUAUGUAGCAGAGAGGUGCUCAUACCAUUAUGAUUCGAUGAUUCAUACAUAUUGCAAGCAAAAUAACUUUGUUGCCUUAAAUGUUACUGUAAUUUAAUGAGGAAAAUGCAAAUAGGUGAAUUCUAUAAAGUUCUACACAUCCACUGGUAGUUUCAAUUUUCAGAUUCAAUACAUCAUUCUCAAGAUAGUUAAAACUUUUUUUGUAGUGGUGCUGAGGAUUGAACCCAGGGCCUUGUACAUGCUAGGUGAGCACUCUACCAAUUGAGCUAUAUCCCCAUUUUACAUGGAUUGACUGCAAGUUUUAAGAUUUACA